AUGUUCUGGAAAAAGGAUCCCACCGUCAGUUGGGAAAGAAAAAAUAUCAAUGACAUUGAUUUUAGUCGUUUUAAUGUGGCCAUAAUUGGUGGCACAGGUGGACUUGGACGUGCAAUAAGUAGAGAGCUGGCCCAAAGAAAUGCCAGGGUUACUGUUGUCGGGCAAACUUUUAGGGACGAGGACCUAAAAGAUAAAAUUAACUUUGUCAAGGCUGAUUUAAGUUUAGUGUCAGAAUGCAAGCGUAUAUCUCAUAGUGAUGAAAUUCCCUACGAGGAGUUAACACAUCUGAUUUUCACUACGGGUAUUUUUGCAUCACGCCAGAGACAAGCUACAAGUGAGGGUUUGGAAAAAGACAUGGCAGUGAGCUAUUUGAGUAGAUACAUUAUCUUCCAUGAUGUGGCGAAGCGAUUAGGAAUUAGUAGGACAAAAAAAGACGAUUUGCCAAAAGUUUUCAUAGCAGGGUUUCCAGGAAAUGGUCAGGUGGGAGACCCAGAUGACUUGAAUUCUGAUGAAAAGAAGUAUAGUGCCUACGCUACACAUAUGAACACUGUGGCAGCCAAUGAAAGUCUGGUCAUAGACGCUAAAGACAGAUACACGAAUAUAGAUACUUUCGGUUUGAACCCUGGGCUGAUCAAAACGAACAUUCGUAAUAAUCUUCUUGGCAGUGACACCUACCUCAGCCGCAUUACAGAAUGGAUAAUCAGCUGGACCUGUCAAAGCGCAGAGACGUAUGCGAAAACAAUAUGCACCCUGAUUGCGAGCCCCGCUAUCGAAUCACGCAGUGGUACAAUGUUCAGCAACAAAGGCGAUGCUAUUUUACCUUCGCCUGGUUUGACCAAAGAUGUUGUUGAGAAGUUUAUGGAAAAUUCGGAACUUCUAGUUGAAAAGGCCUUGCGUAAUCAAAGUCCUUUCACUUCCAGUAACGAAUGA